GCUUAGUUCACGGUCAUGACCACUAAGGAAAAAUGUAAAAUAUCGCAAUAAAUACAUAAUUUGAAUUAUAAAGAAUAUAAUAAUAUAAAAUAAAUGAGGGAAUAUCGUAAACAGAUGUCCUUAGCAAUUAAGUUCAUAAUAAAGACUGUUUGCAGGAGAUAAAACUCAUAAUUCUACCAUUAACAACAUUAUUCACUAUGUGUAAGUCGCUUUGUAUUGUGUGCCGUUAAAAUGAGUGCAAAAGACAGCUAUAAUGUGAGAAAAAGCCAUGAAAAAGUGGCACCAGACGGUGGAUGGGGCUAUGCAAUAGUCAUAGCUGCAAUCAUAAAUAUUUCAAUUUCAACAAUGUUUCUCUCCAGUUAUGGGCUGCUAUUCAAAGCUUUUCUUCAAGAAAUAGGAGUGCGUCCCACUCAAGCAACGUUGAUUUUUGGCGUUAGCUCUUUUAGUACAGCGCUAGGAGGUUACCUCACCAGUCCGCUGCUAAGACUAAUGAGUUUACGAAUGCUGACGUUUAUAUCAACAUUGAUAUUCAAUGCUGGUGUGAUUUGCAUUUUACUUGUAAAGUCAGUAUUUGCAUUCCAUAUAUGCCAGGGUAUUUUGCAGGGUCUUGGAUUCGGCUUUGCAUAUAAUUUAUCGUACACGAUAAUAAAUGAUUACUUUGUGAAGAAACGGCUGAUGGCUAUAAGCUUAGGACACACUGCGAUUGCUGCAAUAAACAUGCUCGGGCCCCCUUUAUUAAAAUGGUCAUUAAACGAGUUCGGAUUUCGUGGUACAGUCUUAUUGAUGUCCGGAUUGUCGUUACACAAUUUCAUAUCAGUUGCUUUAAUGCAACCAGUGGACUGGCAUAUGAAACGCGUUGAAUUAUCGACUGGAAGUAACGAAAAGUUGUUACACGACAAGAAGAGAAGCGAAGAGGCUGCUAUUGUGCCCUUUAUUAAAAUAACUAAACCAGAUGGAAAUCUAUCGAAAAGUGGAGAAAAAAUUUCAUCAGAAUUCAAAGAAGAUGACGUCAUCGAGAAAGGCAUCAAAUGGAUAGACAAAUCUCUAUGCCGUACAUUUCUUAUGUCCUGUGUGUGCGUUGGACCAGCACUCGCUCUGUUCGCUGAUGCAAUGUAUGCAGACAUUUUCCCACAAGCCUUGCACAUCGCUGGAUGGGAUAAAAAUAACCUGGCAUUGGCACUCUCCCUGUAUGGGGUCGGAGACCUGGUUAUGCGCAUACUGUUUAUCUUCCUUAGUAGUUGGCUACAGCAGUUUGGAAGUCAAGAACUUUACAUACUAGGUGUUACUAUUGGUUUAGUUUCUAGGCUUGGAAUGCUAUGGUCAAAGAGCAGAAUACCCAUACUGCUUUACAUAGUAGUCGUGGGGACGUCGCACUGUGCUGUCAAUAUUCUAAUACCUUUGGUGGUAGCUGAUGCUGUGCCUUCAGACAAGUUCACGACAGCUUUGGGCAUGUUGAUGAUGCUGACUGGACUCAUUAACUUGGUUAUUGGACCCGCUAUUGGUGCAGUGAGGGAGUUAUCGGAGAGUAACGGCCCCGCAUUCUACCUCAUUGCGUCUUGUUUCGCGAUCAUCGUGUUGUUCUGGUCGAUCGAGCUCUGCUACAAGAGGAACAAACACAAACGACUGCAGCGUAGAGAAUAUUUGCAGAAGAAAAUAAAUAAACAAUAAAUCUUUA